AAAAAACAAAAAAAAAACGUCGAGUGAAUGAAGUCAGCUGACCUCAGCUUGCCGUCACGCACCACAGUACCCAGUGUUUCUCUCGAGGCAAGACAGCGAACGGACACUUAACGACCAGACGGCAGAUUACUAACGUUUGAAGAUGGACAUGUCCAAGCUGCCCAAGAUCAGGGACGAGGAGAGAGAGAGCCAGUUUGGAUAUGUACAUGGCGUCUCUGGACCAGUGGUGACAGCCACAGCCAUGGCUGGAGCAGCCAUGUAUGAGCUGGUUCGUGUCGGUCACAGUGAGCUGGUGGGAGAGAUUAUCAGGCUGGAGGGAGACAUGGCCACCAUCCAGGUCUACGAGGAGACAUCUGGUGUGUCAGUGGGAGACCCUGUGCUGCGGACCGGGAAGCCUCUUUCUGUCGAGUUGGGUCCAGGAAUCAUGGGGUCCAUCUUUGACGGUAUCCAGCGACCCUUAAAGGACAUCAAUGACCUCACACAGAGCAUCUACAUUCCCAGAGGAGUGAACAUUGGAGCCCUCAACCGAGACCUCAAGUGGGAGUUUUCUCCCAGCAAGAGCCUGCGGGUCGGCAGUCACAUCACUGGAGGAGACAUCUAUGGCAUGGUGUACGAGAACUCCCUCAUUAAGCACAAAAUCAUGAUGCCCCCCAAGAACAGAGGCACUGUGACUUACGUGGCUCCACCUGGGAACUAUGACAUCACCGAUGUGGUGAUGGAGCUGGAAUUCGAGGGCAUAAAGGAGAAGUUCACAAUGGUACAAGUAUGGCCCGUCAGACAGGUGCGACCUGUCACAGAGAAGCUGCCCGCCAAUCACCCGCUGCUGACCGGACAGAGAGUGCUGGACGCCCUUUUCCCAUGUGUGCAGGGAGGAACCACUGCCAUCCCAGGAGCCUUUGGUUGUGGAAAGACUGUCAUCUCUCAGUCCCUGUCCAAGUACUCCAAUAGUGAUGUCAUUAUCUAUGUUGGCUGCGGGGAGCGUGGUAAUGAGAUGUCAGAAGUACUGCGAGAUUUCCCAGAGCUGACCAUGGAGGUGGAUGGAAAGAUAGAAAGCAUCAUGAAGAGAACAGCACUGGUCGCCAACACCUCCAACAUGCCUGUAGCUGCCAGAGAGGCCUCCAUCUACACAGGAAUCACGCUGUCCGAAUACUUCCGAGAUAUGGGAUACAACGUGAGCAUGAUGGCUGACUCCACCUCCCGUUGGGCCGAGGCUCUCAGGGAGAUUUCUGGCCGUCUGGCUGAGAUGCCUGCUGACAGUGGUUAUCCUGCCUACCUGGGCGCUCGACUUGCCUCCUUCUACGAGCGUGCUGGAAGAGUGAAGUGUCUUGGCAACCCUGAGAGGGAGGGCAGUGUUAGUAUUGUUGGAGCCGUAUCACCUCCUGGUGGUGACUUCUCAGAUCCUGUCACUUCAGCCACUCUUGGUAUUGUCCAGGUGUUCUGGGGUCUGGAUAAGAAGCUGGCUCAGAGGAAGCAUUUCCCCUCUGUCAACUGGCUCAUCAGCUACAGCAAAUACACUCGAGCUCUGGAUGAAUAUUAUGACAAGCACUUUCCAGAGUUUGUGCCCCUGCGCACCAAGGCAAAGGAGAUCCUGCAGGAGGAAGAGGACCUGGCUGAGAUUGUGCAGCUCGUCGGAAAGGCUUCACUGGCAGAAACUGAUAAAAUCACUUUAGAAGUGGCCAAACUGAUUAAAGAUGACUUCCUGCAGCAGAAUGGUUACACUCCUUAUGACAGGUUCUGCCCCUUCUACAAGACCGUUGGCAUUCUGUCCAGCAUGAUAGCUUUCUAUGACAUGGCACGGCAUGCGGUGGAGACCACAGCUCAGAGCGACAACAAGAUUACCUGGGCCAUAAUCAGGGAGCACAUGGGAGAAAUCCUCUACAAGAUCAGCUCGAUGAAAUUCAAGGACCCAGUGAAGGACGGUGAGGCCAAGAUAAAGGCCGAGUACGCACAGCUGUUGGAGGACAUGCAAAACACCUUCCGUACAUUGGAGGAGUAGGCUCCCACUCUCGCAGCCUUUCCACUUUCCAUCUCUUGACUCCUCCACUGCAGAAUCACAUUCCACCUCCACGUAUUCCCACACCCAGUGUGUCCCCCUGUGCUCCUUUGUGUGUGACUGUGUGAGUGUGUGCAACUUCAUGUGGAGGGAAAAGAGAAAGAUGUACUGUAUUCAUUAUUACUUGUUGCCUCACAUAGGCAUCCUCUGGAUCCUCUGCAUGUCCACUGAUCGUGUGUGCGUAUGUGUGAGAGAGUAAAAAGUGUGUAUGACAGACAGAUCUUACCAUAUUUCUUCCUUUCUGUUUACAUAAUUUGUGUGUUGUCGUAUUGCUCUUCCUGAAGAAGACUGUUUGGUUGAUGUAUUGUAAUUCAUAGACCAUCUGUACAGAAGAGUAUUGAAUAUAAAUUUAAUAAGAUCAGCAUAUUUAUUGCCAGCAUUUUGAUGUAGAGGCUUUCUUUUUGUUUUUAUGGUUGUUUCAUGCUGUGCAGUGUUGUAUACUUCGCUGUGUGAAUGUGUAAGAGUCAGACUCUUGAUUCUCUGCUGUCCAACUGUUUCAUCGUGUUACUCCCAAAGAAUUAAAACAUGGGAA